AUGUACGUCCAAGAAACUAAAUGGAAAGGCACGAAGGUCCAAGAAUUAGGGAACUCAGGUUUUAGGCUCUGGUUCUCAGGAAUAGAGAAUGUGAAGAAUGGUGUUGGAAUCCUAAUCAACAAGAAACUGGCAGAUAAAGUCGUAGAAGUCCGUAGGCAAGGAGACAGAUUAAUCCUUGUCAGACUUCUGCUAGGCAAAGUGGCAUUGAAUGUUGUUAAUGCGUAUGCCCCUCAUGAAUGGUCCAACCCAGAUGACAAGUUGAAUUUCUGGGAAGCUCUAGAUGGCAUGGUAAACGGUGUACCUCCGAGCGAAAAGUUGUUCAUUGGAGGAGACUUCAAUGGACAUGUUGGAUUGGAUCGAGCGAUAGGGGAUAUGACAGGGUACAUCGAGGAUUUGGUGUCGGAAUAG